CACAGGAAGCUGCUGCUGCUGCUGUCGCUGCCCGCCCCUGGCCCCGCCGCCGGGGCCGCGGACCAGCCAGUUUCGCUUUCGCCUUCCGCUCGCCUCCGCUGCUGGAGCCCCGGGACCGCCCGGUGCGCGUUCAGGUGCAAGGAAAGUUAAAAACUUCUUUAACAAAACUUGGACAAGCAACAGACCUAAUGGGAUAGAGUCGGGUUGAAUACAUGGAGAGAGAAGAAGUGAGCUAUCUAAGGAGUGGACCCUCCCUAACUGGAAUCAGCAACUAAGAGAACCCACCAUGGAUUACUGGAUUUCAUGAACUGACCACUUGGGGAACCCCUUCACGAAUACUGGACCUUUGUAAGUAGGAUCAGCAUUUUGACCGGAACUUGAAUGCCUCAAAGAUUGAAGUGCAGCAGGAACUUGGAUUACUUGAAAGGUUGUUCAGUAAAUCAAUUCAAGCAGGGCCUGUAAUUUUUUUUUUUUCAACAGAAUUUCUCUGUUUAAAAACAUCUGAUUAAGAUCAACAACGAACCACAUGUUCUGUUGCAAAUGGACUUCAUGACAUGUUGGCUUCCUGCUUAAAACACAAAAAGAGGGCAGAUAAACUUAAAGGGACAGCAGCUUGUGAUGACAAAGUGCCAAGUGCCAGCUGCCCUCAUUCACCAGAUCGAGCAGGAAUUGGACGAAGAUGAAAAGGAGAUGAUGUUUUUCCUGUGCCGGGAUCUGGUUCCUGAUUUAUCUAAUACAGACAUCAGGGAUCUCCUGGGGGUGCUGAAUGAGAAGGGAAAGCUGCCAUUGGGCUUGUCUGAGCUGUUAUACAGAGUGAGGAGGUUUGACUUGCUGAGGAGGGCCCUGAGGACAGAGAGAACAGCAGUGGAGACUGAUCUGGCCAGGUAUCCUAGAAUGGUCUCUGAUUACAGGGUGCUGAUGGUAGAGAUUAACGAAGAGCUGGAUAAAAAAGAAGUGGGUUCUCUCAUUUUCCUGCUCAAGGAUUAUGUGCCCCGUAUGAAAAUGGCAAAAGAGAAGAGUUUCCUGGCUGUUGUCAGUGAUCUAGAGAAACUAAAUCUGGUGGCUCCGAAUCAGUUGGAUUUGAUAGAAGACUGUUUGCAGAACAUUCAUAGGAUAGACCUGAAAAAGAAGAUCCAGCGGUACAAAUGUGAAGCUCUGUCCAACAGUGGUUCUCAGCCAGUGUAUAUAAAUGCACUUCAGGCAUCUCUCCCUAACCUGACUCUCAUUGACCCUCCCUACAGUUCAGGGAUCCCGAACAUGAACAAAGAAAGAUCAUUAAAUGGACAACAUGCCAUUCAGACAGAACCAGUUCACACAUCAGUACAGGAAUCGGGAGCCACCUCAUCUCAGGUGAAAAAAAAGGUGUACGAUGAUCAGUACAGAAUGCAGAGUCGGCCUUUGGGAAUAUGCCUGAUUAUAGAUUGCAUUGGCAAUGACACAGAUAUACUGGAGGACACCUUUAAAUCUCUAGGCUUUGAAGUUCACUGUUACCGGUAUUUAAGUGUGGAAGCCAUGAACCAAACAUUCCAUGAAGUUGCAAGGCUGCAAAAGCACAGAGACUAUGACAGCUUUAUUUGCGUAUUGGUCAGCCGGGGGAGCCCUCAGAGCAUCUUCUGCACAGACCAGACCUUUCCUGGGUACCCCUUGGAUCGGGUGAAGAAUUUUUUUACUGGAGACUCAUGCCCUGAACUCCUAGGGAAACCAAAGCUCUUCUUUAUUCAAAGCUACAUUGUGCCAGCAGAUCAGCAAGAACCCACCAGUCUGCUGGAGGUGGAUGGGAAUGAACAGAAAAUCACUCCCAAUACCAGAAGACCUUGGAACUGUAGUAUUCCCCCAGUAGCAGACAUCUUUUGGAGUCAAUGCAAGGUGGAUGUGUCUGUGCUAGAAAGGUCACCCAGCUCCUCCUCCUCUUAUCUAUGCUGUCUGGCUCAGCUCCUGCGCAAUCCUCAUAAAAGAAAACUCCCCCUGUUGGAUAUCCAUAUUGAGCUGAACAGCAGAGUGUAUGAUUACAACAGGACCUUGGAUCCACAGCAACAAUACUCACUCCUGCUACAACACACCUUGAGGAAAAAACUCUUUUUUCCCCCCAGUUAAAAGCUAAUGGAAAUUGCAUGGGACACGAUGUUAAGACGCGGAUAUCCAUGUGGGCUUUUUCUUCAGAAAUGCCUGGAACAAUGACAAUUGAAGUGCCUGAGUUGCACCAGAAGCCCACAAGUAGUUAGUACAGCUCACAGAGUGCUGGUGUGUUAUGCUGCCACUUAACAGACAGGCUCUCACAUUCUGAACUAACUUCAGCUUCCCAGGGGUCCCAAGAUGUAGCCCUACCUGAAGUGCUUUACAGUAAUCUAAUCUCUCAGUGACAAAAGCCUAGGUAAGGGAAGCCAGGCCUGCCUCUGAAAUAAAAGGUCACACUUGCCAAACCGGGCACAGAUGGAUAAAUGUGCUCUUUGCCACAGCUGACCCUGAGUAUCCAGCAGCAGCCCAGGAUCGGAUGAGACUGCUAAUCUGUGAAUCUGGCUAGCAAAUAACCGCCACGUUCGACCAAGCAGAGGAGUUUUUGUAGCUAGCCCCGUUCCUAAGGCUGCUUGCUCCCACCCUUCUAACGUUAUAUCAGUCCCAUCUAGAUUGAGCCUCAGCCAGCGAGACUUAGUACAUGCUCCAGUCUCAGGCAGAACCAAGUCACCCAUUCCACUGCACCUUCAGACUCGGUCAUAAGGGCAACGUACUACAGACACUGCAACCUCUUCACGUGCACAAGGUUCAGUUCUUCUGUGCCACUGCAUUUGUACAAGACAAAAGACCUCUGCUUAGUAAUUUUAUUUUUUUUAAUUACCUUCUCCAUUCCCUAAGGGAACAAUAAGAGAUGGGAUUACCAUAAAUGUAACAAUUCCUUUCCCUUCCACUAUCUACAAGGCCCUGAUCCUGUGAGCUCUGAGGCAAGUGAGUGUGCAUGUGAGUACUUUUGGUUGACUCUCAGUCUUUUUGCAGGAUUGGGGCCUGGAUGAGUCAUUUUUAAGCUUCUGUCACUGGCCUGACUGUGCUUCCAUCCAUGACAUGGUCCCAUCUCCCCCCCCUCCCCAGUCUACUUAAAGUAAGUAAACACACAAACCCUGUUGGGAACUAUUUAACUUGGUACAGCUUCCUGUGUAGCAAACAAACUAAGGCCUUGUCUACCUUUAAAAGGUUUUCUGGUAUAACUAUACCAGCAAACUCUCCUAGAGUAGAUGCAGUUGAUAUCAGUUAUACUUGUUGCUGAUAUAGCUUAUGCUAGUUCCCCUAGUAAAAUAAGCCAUGGUUGCAAAAAGGACAUUAUUCCUGGAAUGCCUGCAUCCACAAAAGGGCUUUUGCCAACAGCUAUGCCAGCAAAAUAUAACAUCCCUAACCGACAAAGCUAUGCAGGCAAAACUUUUACGGGUAGACCAGGCCUAAAAGAGGGCUGCCAGAGGUGAAAUGCUUGGUAGCUUGGCCAAUAAGUUUGUUUUAGAAGUGGCCAUUCUGUUUCCCAACCCCACCAUGUAUCGCCUGCUGUGGGCUUGGCCAUGACUUUCAGUAACACUCCCUUGAAGCCAGACUGCUUUUAACUUUCAUCCAAAAAAACCACAAGCCUAGAAACAGCUUCUGCAGUCAAAACAGUGGAAGUUUAGCAAUUAGCCCAGUGUUGGGCAAAAUGUGGCUGAGGAAAGAAGACUACGGAGAUGCUGUAGAGAAAAACACAUAUUUAUUUAUACUAAUAUAUAAUUUUUGUGUAAUAAAAAUGUGUACAUAUAUAAUACAUAUUAAUAUCUUUAUUUUGUAUGUGUUCUAAUUUUUUAAAGAUUAACAGUUUUUGUUUAAUUUUGUGUUUUAAUUUCAUAUUAAUUCUGAUUUUAUGCAUAUUAUAUGUAGAGGAGGAAAUGAGAGAUUGUGAUAGGAAUAAGGAGAGUGGUUGGUAAAAGUUUGGGAUGAGUGUGACUCAUGCCAUGUUGUCAGCCCACCGCCACCCAGAGUGGAGUCCCUCCCUGGACCCUGCGCGGCUCGGGGGCUGUACCGGGACUGGGACCAGGACCAGGACAGGAGGAGUGAAACUUCCACGCUCUGGCGGGGAGAGCCAAGCCGAGCAGGGGAGAUAAGAAGGGGGGGACUUAAAGUGACAGUGCGCUCACUGUCUCACACUUCCCUUACACACAGAGACUGCCUCUCACGCGUCACAGUCCCCCAAUACAGAUUGUCUCACACACACACACUCACUCCCCAACACCCACUUACACAGUGCUCCAACACACAAACACAAACACACACUGGCUUGCUCUCUCCCACACACACUUGUAUUGUUGUUGUUACUACUGCUUGGUACUUCCUGUCAAAAUGCUCGUGGUGAGCCAGGAGUGACUAAGGGCUGCAGGAGGGCUGUGGCCUCUGGCAAGAUGCAGCCCCUAUGUGACAGCGCGAAGCCUGUCUGGAACCACUGCUGCAGCGUCUGCUGCAUACAAAGCUCAGUGUGUGUCAGCUAUUCUGAUCGCUGUCCCUUUACAUUUAUCAGAUACAAGCAGCCCUAAAGGAGCCAUUUUUGUAGCUGGCUGAUUGCUGUAUUUCCCUCCUUCACCGCUGUUCUAUUUAGGCUUUUUCUAUCUUCUGUCAUUGAUUUGCUGAUACACCUCCUAACACAGAGGUGGGCAAACUAUGGCCUGCAGGCCACAUCUAGCCCACGGGACCAUCUUGCCUGGCCCCUGAGUUCCCGGCCAGGGAGGCUAGUCCCCGGCCCCUCUCCCGCUGUCCCCACUCCCCUGCAGCUACGCCACUGCAUGGACAGCGCUCUGGCCCGCCGCUCCUGUUGGGCAGUGCAGCAGCAUGGCUGGCUCCAGCAUGGUAAGGGGCGGGGGGGGUGUAUAAGGGGCAGGGGAUCCUGAGGGGCAGUCAGGGAGCAGGGGGCGGUUGGAUGGGGUGGAGGUUCUGCAGGGGAGGGGCGAUUAGGGGACGGGGAGCAGAGGGAGUUGAAUAGGGGGUGGGAGCCCAGGGGGCAGUUAGGGGCAGGGGUUCUGGGAGGGGGCAGUCAGGCGUCAAGGAGCAGGGAGGUUGGAUGGGUUGGGGGUUCUGAGGGGGCCGGGAAGUGGGAGGGGGUGGAUAGGGGGCAGGGGCCAGGCUGUUUGGGGAGGCACAGCCUUCCCUAGCCGGCCCUCUAUAUAGGUGCGCAACCCUGAUGUGGACCUGAGGCCAAAAAGUUUGCCCACCCCUGUCCUAACAUUAGGGCUCUUUCCAAGACCGUCUUUCUCCAGUGCUGUAUUAAUUAGUGGAUCAGCCAUGGAUCCUGUGCUUUUUUUGUGAAGUAUAUGUUAAUCUCUCUAUAGCCGUGUAACGCGCUGUUGAAUAGUAAGUUCUAGUUGUAUUUAUUUUGUCAGUUCGUUUUUUUAUGUCUAACUUUGAAUAAAUUAAUAUUUCAAAAUUAA